AUGGGGAAAAUGAGGCGUCUCUUCAAGAAUGUCAAGGAGGGCUUCAAGGUCAGCCGAAAGUCGUUUGUCCUGCAGCACGACAAGAACGAGAAGUUCAAGGACCACUACUCACUGAAAGAGCAGCUAGGCAGUGGUAACUACGGAACAGUCCAUGCGUGUAUGCAUCUGGACUCGAAAGACAUUCGCGCCGUCAAGAUUCUCAAAAAGGAAAAGAUCCAGGACGACUCCUUUCGUAACGAAAUCGACACGCUCAAGGAACUCGAUCACCCCAACAUUCUGAAAAUCUUCGAGUCCUUUGAAGACGACAAGAACUACUACGUCGUGACAGAGUUCUGCGAUGGCGGAGAACUCUUUGAGGAGAUUAUCGAGUGGGGGAAAUUCACCGAGGAAGACGCGGCCGUCCUCAUGAAGCAGAUCUUGACCUGCGUCAACUACUGCCACAAGCGCAACUUUGUCCACCGCGAUCUCAAGCCGGAGAACAUCCUUUUGGAGAAAGACAAGGGAUUCGACUGUCUCAAAAUCUGUGACUUUGGAACUGCCAAAAUCUUUGACGAAGAUGCCGGAAGUGCCAAAGCAAGGCUAAAAGAUUCCGUUGGAAGUCCCUACUAUAUCGCUCCAGAGGUCCUGGCUGGCAGCUACGGAGCCAAGUGCGAUGUGUGGAGUUGUGGAGUCAUUGCCUACAUUGUACUCUCUGGAGUUCCGCCCUUUAAUGGAUUCUCCGAUGAGGAAAUCUACGACAGAAUCAUGGAGGGGAAGUACAACUUUGAUGGAGAUGAAUGGAGUGACAUCUCGGACGAGGCUGUCGAUUUCAUUAGCAGUCUGCUCACCUACGAGGAACAGGAUCGUCCGUCCGCUUCCGAAGCCCUGACGCACAAGUGGUUGGAUGCUGCAAAGAUGGAACUGACAGAGAGUUACACCAAGAAGGAAGCCGUCACCAGUUUGUCAAACUUGGCAAGCUUCAAUGCCCAACAAAAGCUCAAGCAAGCGACAUACACAUUCAUCGUCUCACAGCUACUCACAAAACAAGAAAAAGAAAAGAUCGAUUCCAUCUUUCGUGCCAUGGAUGUCGACUCGGACGGAAAACUAUCAAAAGACGAAAUCAAGAUGGGAUACAAAGAGCACUUUGGCAAGAGCUUGGAUGAUGACGAAAUUGAUACCAUCUUUAGUCGAGUCGACUCCGAUAUGAGUGGUGAAAUUGACUACUCCGAAUUCGUCAUGGCCACCAUGAACCAACGGAAUCUAGCCUCCCAGAAUCGUCUGGAAAGUGCCUUUAGGGCAUUUGAUAGAGACGGCAAUGGACAAAUAUCACCGGAAGAAGUAAGGAUUAUCCUUAGUGCUGGUCAAUCGGGAGGAAUAGACGAAAAGACAGUGGCAAAGAUUAUUGCCGAUGUCGACCGCGAUGGUGAUGGCCAAGUGUCCUUUUCAGAGUUUUGCGAUAUGAUGUCCAAGAAUAUAAUAUGA